AUGCUUUCAGAAACAAAUAAUUCAGAAACAGAUAUUUUAAUGCUUAUUAAAAGUGAUGAAUCUUUAAAUUAUGGAUGUCGAAAAUAAGAUAAAAAGCUAAAUCUGCCAUAAAAUAAGAAACCAAUUCAUAAAAAAUAAAAGGCCAAGCAAUUCACUUUAUAGGAGGAUUAAUUACUUCUAUUGCAAGUGAUUAGAAUUGGAAAGAGAUUUGAAGCCAUUGCAAGGAAUUUUCCAAGAAGAUCUAAACAUGAAUUAAAAAAUAGAUAUUAUACUCACUUAAGAGAUAGAGAAAAUGAGAUUUUCGAUUCUAAGUAAUCAUUUUUCAUCAUUUUUUAGAAGCCUAUAUUAUCUUUCUCAAGAGACUCCAAAGAAAAAUAAGAAUCCCUAAACCGAUAAACAUGAUUUAAGAUCUUAAUUAGAAAAUGUUGGCAUGGAAGAGGAGUAUAAAGUAAUUUUAGAAAAAUUCAUUGGUCAAGUAUGCGAUUUGUUCUCUUUUAUCAAAUCUUUUCCAAUAUGA